AUGGCAUCCAACGCUCAGGCCGCACAACCAUCUGGGCUCUCACAUUCAUUUAAGCACACCUCGUCACUGGCCAAUACCACCUCGACAACCCAGGCAAACAAUGCCACCCGCACGGUGUCGCCUUCUUCAGCCUCCGGCGGCGGGGACACUUCAGGCAGGAAGAUGAAGAGGACCGGAGCAUCGAAACCGCUCAUGAGACCGAGUCUUUAUGGAGGACAGGCACCACCUUGGGCGACUUCCUUACUGGGCGGAAAGUCAUUUACGGCGCCUGCUCCAUCACCUUCUACCCCAGCUCAAGCUCAGGCUCAGGCUCAAGCUGAAAGCAAGAUCAACACACCAGAGCUGGAAUCUGCUCAACGGAAAUCGGGCACUGAAGAUUCUGACGACAGUGGCAGCACGAGUUCAGGCAGCCCGGAACCAGCUCGCAUUGUGAGCGACAUCGCUCAGCCCGACCCUGAAGAUCCAUUAGCAGUAAAACUCGAAGCGGUACUUUCGGAAGGUGGUUCAGACUCGGACAUGGCGCGUGAGAAGAAGAGUCUUGCGCAGCAUGCCAAGAUCCAGGCUCUGCAAGAUUCGUGGGCCUCUAGUAACGCAUCUGGAGUUCAAUCGGGUUCUGCUGGACAGUUGGCGAACGGAAAGGAUUGGCUUGGUGAUACAGGAUCUGCAUUCGAAGCGUCGUCUAAGAGAAAGCAUUCUCUGAAUGAGAAUCUGGCUGGGGGUGAUGCUAAGCGGCAGGCAAAGGAUGCCAGCCUUCCUGGCGCAUCGACUAGGAAAUCGCCUGAAGAAAGAACAAAUUCAACUGCCACGGAGCAAGACUUACUAAACGUCCUCGGGCUUGGACAACCCGGUUCCAGGCUAGAUAUCCUGAAAAGCACCGAACACGCCUUAUCGCCGGCAGGGGCAACGCAUCAAGCUCAAGUCAUAGAAUCCUCAGACGAGGAUAUGGACUACGAGGAUCAAGCAGAUGCUGAUGACAUGACGGACGAAGACGAGGACGAAGACAGAGAGACUGAAGGAGACCUGGAGAUCGACACUACAGGCACGCCAUCUGCAAAAGCCGCCCUCCCGCCAUCUCAAGCCACUGAUCAAGAGUUCACAUUUACGAAAAACCCGCAUCCUCGCGGGUAUCUGCAAUGGAGAACGCCCCAGGGCAUAGAAUCCACCUGCGGCGCCAUCAUACCUACGAAUUACAAAUUUCACUCUGACCCAAAAAACCCCUAUAUCUGUCCAGUCCGCAAUUGUCGCGUCAUUUUUCCAAAAUGGAACGGGCUUGGAGCGCACUUUUGCGCAAAGCAUCGUAGCUCCAAGUUCAACGACAAUCUCGACGGGACCCUGUCAUUCGUGGACUACUAUAAGAGGGUAGGCACCAAGUACGCGGCCCCCAUCGUGGUCUCGCAGAAUCCCCUCCGGAGCGACGAGCCCCCCUUGGCGGAGCCAGUGACUGCAGGCUAUAAGCCGGUGUCGGCCCCAGCCACUGCUUCGAACCCUGUUCCGUGGGGCCCGACUCCGAAGCCUAUGAAUCCAGCCCCGUCCCGGGCCAUCCCCAAGUCAUACUUGAAGAACGAUAUGACGAUUAUCAAGCCACCUUCAGUGGCGCCGUCUCCGAGCCAAAGCGUUUCUGCCUCGGAUGGUUCGCUCAUUGCGUACUUAUCUGGCCAUCUUUCGCCCGCUUACAAGAUACCGGUAGAAAGGCCGGACGUGAAGGCGCUUCUGAAACUCCCCCAACGGCGCCCAUUACCUCAGACGUGGAAGUUGAAGUACACUGGCAUCGGACACCUGGCACCUCUCGCAACGGUUGCACUUCUAAUAUUUCUUACUGGUGAUAUUGCGACGCCAUGUUGCCACGUGUGCUACAAGCACAAUGAUCCCUUUGAGAACUUUCUGCAGCCAUGCGUCGUCAUGUCUGCCGCGGCUCCUGGGUUCUUAAAGGAGAUUGGAAAUAAGGCCUGCUCUGGAUGUCAGUGGCGGUCUAACUUCCGCAGAGAAAGGAACAAUUGCUCCUUCUUGUCCUCAGGCCAGGGAGCAUCAAGCCCACAAGUGACCGCGAUAGCACCCCCUACACGAUCUACGGUCGCAACCCGCUCCGCAUCUGCGACAACGGCUGCUGACGCUUAUGCCCUGCCAUAUCCUCCAGCAUCUCAACCACCUCCCAAAACAUCAACUCCGGUGUCUACCUCUUCCCUGCCGCCAUCCACGCAACCGGCGCCGAGCGUCCACAAAGUCGAUAGCCACCCACCUCCAAGCCCGCCGAGACGCACUACGAGGCACUCAGCGGCCAUCGCAAAGCCUCCUGCCGAUUCUAGAAUAUCGACGCCCGUCGGACAUGCCUCGUCGCUCAGCGGCAAUGCCAUGCCACCAAAUACCCUGGAAAUGGAAGAUUGGGAAGUUGCUCCAGGGCGGAUUCGUGAUGAACGCAGCGAAUCCCCGACAAAUGUAGCCUUCUCCAACUCCUAUCUCACGAGCAAUCAAGCUGUGACGGUCUCUGAGGAGAUAUCCUUCAACGUCAUCGUCAUCAAGCCCGGAGAGUCGCAUGAAUGGGCCGCCGAAUCAGAGAAAGUCCGAAUCUGCUCCCUGGCUGCGGGUAAACUUAAGGUGAAACUCGAGAACACGGAGCCGUUCUCGAUGGGCCCGAACGGUAUGUUCAAGAUGAAGCCCGGUACAGCGUGCACUGUUUUGAACCGGCUAUAUAUCGACGCGGUGGUGCAUGUCACCACUGUUUCGUCCUUUUAG